CAGCUCCGCCUUGAUCUAAACAGGAAGCCUGUUGGACCUUAGUGCAGCUGAAAGCAAGCCCUUUGGACCCUAGUGUAGCUGUAAGCAAGCGGGUCGGAGCUGCUAGCUAUCUGCUGGAGAAGCAGCAACACCGCCUCUGGAUCAGUUGGAUUUGCAGCCUAGGUGUGCCCAGCUGUAAGCAUAGCAGCUUGUAUUUCACGCCAAAACGCAAGUGAAGGAAUGUCGCCAACAUAAAAAGGUCAAUGUGUCGACUAAAGGACCUCUACAGGGUUGUUGUCAAUGUAGGUCCCUGACGUCUUCAGUCUGCUGCCAGUCUGUUUAGUUAGUUAACCCAUCUCUUCCUGCAUCAGACCACCAUCACCCUCCUGCAUCACACCCAGGCACCCUCCUCAGACACCUGGCCAAUCGCUUGUUCUGAACAGCGUUACCAUGGACACCGAGUCCACCCACUCUGGCUACUCCAACAGAUCGAACAGACAUGGGGAGCAGAGUCGGCGUGAGCGGCGUAAGCUCAGCAGUAAGGACAGCAGCCGGUCAGAGCGGUCUGUAAUCAUCAACAGCCCCUACGGGCCCACUCAGGCCUCCCCCAACCACAACAGCGAGCCCCUGCUAGAAGUCCCCAGCUCCGUGGCUGGAGACGAGGCUCCAAGCCUCCAGGAUGAUAACUGGGGGGAAACCACCACGGCGGUGACUGGCACCUCAGAGCUUAGUCUAUCCCAAGAGGAGGUGGUUGGUCUGGGGAAGAGGUCAGAGGACAGCCUGGGGCAGGGCUGUCGGCGUUACGCUCCCCUAGCUCUGGGCCUCUGUGUGGGGCUACUGGUCCUGGCCACCCCCCUGGCCUUCCUGGUCCUCCCGGCGGUGCUGUGGCCGGCCAGGCUGCAGGCCUGUGGCUCAGCCUGCGAGGGCCUCUUCCUCUCUGUGUCCUGUAAACUUCUCAUCCUUCUGCUAGCUGUGUGGGCGAUCUUCCUGCGCCAGGCCCGUGCCAGCCUGCCCAGGGUGUGUGUGUACCGAGCCCUCCUGGCCAUGCUCACACUGCUGCUCACAAUCUCCUACUGGCUGUUCUAUGGGGUCCGCAUCCUCGACUCACAGGAUGAAGACUACCAGGGUAUCGUCCAGUUUGCUGUGUCUCUGGUGGACUCUCUGCUGUUUGUCCACUACCUGGCCAUUGUUCUGCUGGAGCUCAGACAGCUCCAGCCCUGCUACAGCCUGUGUGUUAUACGCUCCACUGACGGAGAGACACGCUACUACAACCUGGGACAGCUCAGUAUUCAGGGGGCAGCUCUGUCUCUGCUGGAGUUCUACUACAGGGACUUCCCUCUCCAUAACCCUGCCCUUCUCUCCGCCUCCAAGCAUCGUGCCGCCAAGCACCUGGCCGGCCUCAAGGUCUACACCGUGGACGGCCCAGUGAACCCAGCGGGGCCAGCAGGGGGAUCGCAGGUGGGGGGUCAGCCACGGGCCAUGAUCUCUGCAGCAGCCAGGCGCAGAGACGCCACUCACAACGAACUAUACUACGAAGAGGCCGACCAUGACCGACGGGUCCGCAAACGCAGAGCCAGGCUGGUGGUGGCUGUGGAGGAGGCCUUCAUGCAUGUGAGGCGGAUGCAGCAGGAGGAGCAGAAAGCAUCCCCUGGGGAUGUGAUGGACGUACGGGAAGCGGCCCUGGCCAUCUUCCCCUCCAUGGCCCGCACCCUGCAGAAAUACCUCCGAACCACCAGAAGGCAGCACUGCCACAGCAUGGACAGCAUCCAGAGACACUUGGCCUUCUGCCUCACACACAACAUGAGCCCCAAGGCAUUCCUGGAGGCCUACCUGUCCCCUGGUCCUACACUACAGUAUGGUCGAGAGCGCUGGAUGGCCGGUCAGUGGACUCUGGUCAGCGAGGCUGCGGUCACUGGCGGUCUAAAGGAGGACACAGUCUUCUCACUGAGGUGUCUAGACUUCAGCCUAGCGGUAACAGUCAAGUCCAUCCCCUACAUUCGAAUGACCGAGGAGUACGUCGAUCCAAAGUCACACAAGUUUACCCUGAGUCUCCAAUCUGAAACAUCAGUCUAACAGACGCAUGUAGAAGAACUGUGGGAAUUCUAGACUUGUCUUUUUGUGUUCAGUUUCUUAAACCCUCUUUUACUUUCAUGCUAUUUUGCUUUUCUCUUCUAUUUAUAUUACCAGUGUUUAUAAAGAUUAUUUUGGCUACUUUGAGAUUUGUUAUUGCACGUAAUUGAUAUGAACAGAUGCAUAUUGGAUAUUGUAACAAGAUGAAGUGUUAGCUGGUCAUAUAAUAGUUAAUAAAUGGUAGGGAUCCCCAGCCCUAUGGCUCUUUUGGAGUGAAGAUGACCGAUGGAGAGCUUUAGGGAACAUGCUCUGAUUUCUAUUGUCCUGAGGCACACUGGAACAUUGAAUUCUGUCAGCGGGUUUUCAAUACACUGUGUGUGUGUGUGUGUGUGUGUGUGUGUG